CAAGAAACGGAAUAAUGGCGUUCUUGUGAAUAAUUCGCAGUACGAGAAGUAAAAGAAAUUGUGAGAAGUGUAACUAAGAGCUGUUUUAAUUCUGGCUGUUAACAGUUUCGUCAGUAACCAAGCAAGGACAUGGAAAAUUCUGUUAACCCAUUGAAAAACAGGGUCGCUUCAUAUUGUACACUACCUUCCAUAAAUGGAUUACGGCAAUUAGAGUGUGUAUCUGGAUGCAUGACGGGUAGGGCUUAGGCAAACUGUUAAAUCCGGACUUGGAAAUCGCUUUACAGUUCUGCUCGCACUUGGUCUGCGGAUAUAUGGGCCUACGUGGCGACAACUAUCAGGCAUACAGCUUGAAUGAAAAUUUGGACAUCUAUAAACAUCAGUUUUCCGAAAUAACAGCCUUCAAGCGAAAAUAUCCACAUCUAAAGGUGCUACUCAGCGUGGGCGGCGAUCGUGACAUCGAUGCGGAACAUCCAAACAAGUACAUUGAGCUACUCGAAGGGGAGAAGGUGCGACAGACGGGAUUUAUCCAAUCGGCGUACUCGUUGGUUAAGAACUACGGAUUUGAUGGCUUGGAUCUGGCAUAUCAGUUCCCUAGAAACAAGCCCAGAAAGGUGCACGGUGAGCUGGGCACAGUCUGGAAGAGUUUCAAGAAGCUGUUCACUGGCGACUUUAUAGUUGACAACAAUGCGGCUCUGCACAAGGAACAGUUUACAGCGUUUGUUCGAGAUGUGAAGGAUUCGCUACGUGCUGAUGGAUUUUUACUCAGUUUGACUGUGCUCCCGAAUGUUAACUCCACCUGGUAUUUUGACAUACCAGCGCUGAACGGGCUCGUUGACUUUGUCAACUUAGCCGCCUUUGACUUUCUAACGCCGGAACGCAAUCCCGAAGAGGCCGAUUAUACGGCUCCACUGUACGAAUUGGCAACCCAAAACCGUCUGCCGCACUACAAUGUUGAUUUUCAGGUGCAAUAUUGGCUUCAGCAAGGAUUUCCAGCCAGCAAGCUGAAUUUGGGAGUAGCCAGCUAUGGAAACGCAUGGAAACUGUCUGCUGAAUCAGGCCUUGAAGGGACACCCGUUGUCCCUAACACCGAAGGGCCUGCUCCAGAAGGUCUGCAAUCUCAAAAGGCUGGUCUGCUAAGCUAUCCAGAGAUCUGCGCCAAGCUGUCCAAUCCGCAAAAUCAAUAUCUCAAGGGAAAUGACGCGCCAUUGAGGCGCGUGAGCGAUCCUUCUAAGCGUUACGGAAACUACGCAUAUCGUGCGGUCGAUGGGGCCACAACUGAGGGUAUUUGGAUUAGCUAUGAUGAUCCCGAUGCCGCCUCGAACAAGGCAGCCUAUGUACGUGCCAAGAAUCUGGGCGGUGUGGCUUUGUUCGACCUGGGCUACGACGAUUUCCGUGGACAGUGCACUAGUGACAAAUAUCCAAUCCUGCGUUCCAUUAAAUAUCGACUUUAAAUUUAAUUGUGCCCAUAUAAAGCUCAUAUAAAUAAACUGAAGAUGAAAUUUCUUAGCUUAUCAGUUUACUUCCAGUUUGAAAAUGGAUGUGUUAGACUAAGCAAAUUAAUAUUUGUAGAUUUUAAAGCGCUUAAUAAAAUAUAGCUA